AGCUUACAGGGUGCUGGCGGAAAGGAGAGAGGGGCAGAAGCAGAACACUUCAAGUACAAGAGGCACUCUUUACUCCGUUAACCUCACUGAAGGGCGCUGUUCUUCGUGCUGCUGUCGUAGAGGGUUUUAACGAAGUGGUUCCUGUAUAUGAAACAAAGCCAGAACUGGACGGAAAUAAUAAAAACCAUAGAUAUGAUGAAAAUACGAAUCCUGGCAUUGAAUACAGUAAAACUGAAAACUACACGAUGAUAGGGAGAAGAAAGUUGAUUCGACUUGAUGGUCUCCUUGGAACAUUAAUUGAUAAAAUAAGAAGAAACCUCAAUUUUGACAUCGAGUUCAUGUCCGUCCAAGGCUUCGGUGUGAAGACAGACAACGGAAGCUACAACGGUGUGCUCGGCAUGGUGCAACGGCGGGAGGCAGACUUCACAGCGGCCUCCCUUUCUCUACUAGCGGAACGAGCCAAGGCAGUGGAUUUUGGGGAGUGGUUUGGUUUUCAUAAUACUCGCUUCCUGACCAGAGUUUCAAAGUUGUUGGAGGGAAAUUUUCUGCUCUUUCAAAUAUUUACAUGGCAGGCGUGGGCAAGCAUCAUGACCUUUCUGAUCGUGUCGGCUGCAUCACUGUCUGCCAUGUGGAUGAGGGAAGAAAACACCACCACUACCAGUAACACAGGACAAAUAUUUCCAGCUGUUUUUAUUUCUGUCACUACAAUUCUCAAGACAGCAGUAAACAUGUCCUCGUCGCACCUCCCCCGCCACUCCGCUGGAAGGCUGGUGUUGAUCUCUUCCUGGGUGGUGGUGGUGGUCCUUGUUGCGGUGUACCGGGGUAACCUGACCGCUUUCCUCUCUAUUCCCAUGGUGGCCAGUCCCCCGACAACCAUACAGGAACUCCUGGACAUGGGCUAUACGCUUUCCGUUAGCCGCGGGUAUUCUCAGUAUCAUAAAAUGAAGACGUCGCCCAUAAUGCACCACUUGGAGGCUUUCAAAAGAGCGGAACUCCGUCAAGAUCAGGGUAUCCUUCCCAAAGAAGAAUACAUUACACGACUGCAAACUCAGCCGUUAGCCCUGUUGGACAUCUCCAUUCUUGGAGACUUCAGUGUUCACCACCAGCUUUGGUUUUCCUCUCCCUUCACUGACCAUCCUGGGGAACUAAGUAUCAACUUUGCUAUCCUCCAUGACCUAGAGCAAUUGCGUCAACCCUCCACAGUCACUGUGAUGGCCGUGCCGCUGGUGAUGGACAAGUACGCCGAGACUCGCGGAGCAGAGCGGGUGUGCACAUUGCAGAUGAGCUCAGAAAAACUCUUCCUGGAAAUUGGAGGCCUGGCGUUCCCCAAAAAUUCACCAAUAAAAUACUUGUUCGAUCAACAUCUUAGGGAUAACACCUCUCUUCGUCCCUAG